UCCAGUUGGCUUGGAAAUUACGUAUUUUUCGGUUGAAUUCGGUUUUCAAAAUUGUGUAAUAAACCCAUUAUCAAAACAUGCCAACAUUUUUGGAAGCCAUGUCGAGGUCUAAGCUUCAUCCCACGUUUGUUGUCAAGCCAAAGAUGUUUCUGAAGCAGGCUUGUACGUAUUUCAGCACAGGUAAGAAGAGCAUCAGGGAAAGGGGGCCUGAAAACGUUCCCAGGGUCAAUUUGGAGAAAUUCAAGAAACCCCUCAACGAGCAAAUGAAUAAACUUCCGGAUUACCUAUUCUCAUCUAAAAUUUCAAGGGGUAGUGAAAGCAUUCCGAUUUUAAGCAGUCGCGUAAAAACAUACCAUGCGGAACCGGAAGAGCCAAAUUGGAGGCUAUUCAAAGAUCACUUAAGGGAACUAAACCAAAUGUAUCGGCCAGAUAAGCAGAAUUUGAGGACCAUUAAAUCCCUACCCACCUUGCCGCGAAUUAGAGGAAAACAUUUAGUUGAUUCGCAGAAAAUUUUUCGCAGAAAACUUGUUAAAAAGAAUCAAAACCUUCCUUCAAAGAACAAUAAUACCUUUAGCGUGGAAAGGCAUGGAGUCCUGGCAAGCCAUGGAGUCCUGUCAAGCCAUAGAAGAAAAAGGAUACCCAAAAGAAAGGGAAAUCCACACAAGCCUACAACAAAGCCAUCGGGAUUAAAACUUUCAGACGAACUUGAUCGUCUGCUCAAAAGAUUCUUGUUCACUAAAAUUCAAGCAAAGAGGCUAAAGAAGCCCAAGCAAUCUCAUCUCAAGCCGAAGAAAACAGUUAAGAAGGGUAUUAUUAACACAACACAACCCAAAAUUUUAAAAAAACCAUUGCCCAACCAAAAGUUACCAGAAAAGGUGUUAAAAAAAAAACUCGUAAACCUCUGGCCAAAUUUAGUCGAGUUGGGUGAGUUAGAGGCUCCAAAAAACCCCGAAAAACUUACCAUUAAUAUGCGACGCAAAAUUCUAAAAAAAUUAAACCGAACCGCAAUCCGAUUGCCAUCCGAAGUGAAAAAUGUUCUGAAGCGCAGGAUUAAGGGGACAUUCAAAAAGCGAAAGAGUCCUCCUAAGAAAUCGACUAAGGAGCUUAACGAACCUGAAGAAGAAAAACGAGUGGAAGAAGCGGAUUCCCAGGACAAAGAAUCGCCUUUUAAGUUGGGUAAGCAACUGAAAGUCCACGACUAUGGGUUUAAGAAACUAAAGGGUCUGUCUCCGGGGAGAGAAGCUGCCGUAAAUGGAGAUACGCCAACAGAUAGUAUAAUACAGGAAUCCGAAGCGAUUUCCAACCGAAAAGUCUUUCGCAGUUUAGACUUGGGCCAUCGGAGUGCGACUAGGCAAACAGCAACUAGCAUGUUCCUUAACCUCGACAAAGGCGAUGAGAGAAACAUAUCUUCUAGGUUCGAUCUUCUUGACCAAUUGUCCCGACUUGAAAGCUCCAAGAAUACAGAAGGUGAAAACUUUGAGUACUUAGAGGAUACUGGGUCACCAUUGGAUUACGACAUAUCGGAGGAAUUAAGUAAAGCACCUUCGCCUACUAGAAGAACAAGGCAAACGAUGCAAAAUAACUCCCCCUCGAAGCCAGACGUUGACCCGGUGCCCUUUGACUUCUUUGCCUUUGGCGAUUUUGAACCUAUAAAGUUUGAAGACCCUGUACCUGUAGAUCAAAAGAAACCCCGUCCAUUGAAACGUUUGAAGAAGAAAAAAUCGAAGAAACUUAAAAAAACAGCAGUACCCCAGGCUGAUGCAGGAACCCAGACCAUUUGCCAAUGUGAAAUUUGUCGUUUCCUGCAGAAAUAUAAGACGGACAAAAUUCCACCUCUGGUUACGGAAAUGAAAAUCAAGCAAAAAUUCUUUGAACAAAGACAAUUCUAUAUGGAUAAUGUGAGGCAUAGAAAAUUUAAAGUCUCAGAUGAUGCCGGGCAAAAGCUAAGCAGAAAGGGCUCAGAAUCACUGCACAGAAGCCCGUUCAUUAGCAUAUCUAAUCAUGAAGAAAGAAAUAAUUAUUUGCAGUGUCCCGAGAGCCUUUUCGCGACUUAUCAAGACUUCAUAAAUCCCAACGGACUUAAAAAACAAAAACCGCAAGCAUGCGACGAUUACAAGGCACCCAAUGUGUCCGGAAUGUUUUCUCGAUGUUAUCAGACCCUUUUCGAAGCCGAACAGCGAACAAACGGAAUGUUCUCAAACCUUUUUUAUCCCAAAAAUAAUAUUUGCCACGGAUUUUGCUUGCAUUGCCAACCAAUAGCUCAUCCGAAUAAGCUGCCAAUUAACUUUAGGAUAUAAAAAGACACUUAAGUAAGUUUUUUGCUUACUAGCUCUUAAUUGGUUUUUGGAAAAUAAUAGAGGAAUUCUAAGUUUUUCACUGUUUAGUGCAUCCCCAUACAAAUGAAACCAACUUGAAAAUUCGUUUAAUAUAGUUGGUUAUUUUGGUUGACAAUAAAUUCUGUGUUCAUUUUAGAACAUUCAUGAAAAGGAACACAGAGUUUAUUGACUACUAAAAAUCAUUAUGUUUGUAUGGGGUACUGGAAACACUGACAAAAAGUGAAUAUUGUUAACUAUUUCGCUUAGGAAAUUCCCGUCACACAUAAAUGAAUUGUUCAAACAAAAAGGCACCGUCACGUUUGCCAUCAAUCCCAAUUCAGCUGGUAAUUACAUAAAUUUCCCUGAUGUGAGUGCCAUCAACGGAAUGCCGUGCAAAUGACGGUCAUUAGUUCGCCAGUCCAGCCCCAAAGGAUGGAUAGAUUGGUGCGGUGGCACGAAUGUUGAUUUGAUUGAUUUAUAUUGGGGUCGGAGAACGGGACUCACUCCUAAUGAUAGUUUACCAUAUCGUAAGCCCACCCAACUGCCG